GCUGUGCAGUAGACCACUGAACUUUUCUUGGGGGUCUUAAAUGCGGCACCGUUUCCGGAUGUGACGAAUUUACGUACGUAACGCCAGAUUCAAGAUGGCAGCGCUGGCGUCCUUGAUGCUCAAGUCCAGAACCGGAGUUCUGGUUUCGGCUCAGACCACUCUCCUGGACUCUCUGAGGUUUGCUUCGAAGAAGGCUGGUGGCAGCAGUAAGAACGUCGGGGGGAAAAGCGCUGGCCGGAGAUAUGGAUUCAAGAAACAAGAUGGUAAUUUUGUCCAUGCGGGUAACAUCCUUGCAACACAGAGGCUGUUGAGGUAUCACCCAGGAGCACAUGUGGGGAUGGGAACCAACAACACGCUGUUUGCGCUGGAGGAUGGCUACAUCAAGUUCACUAAGGAGGUGUAUGUCCCUUCCCCACGCAGUGCAGAGGCAACCCAGGUCAUCACCAAGCUGCCCAAAGGAGCCGUGCUGUACAAGACCUUCAUCAGCAUCCUUCCGGUCCCACAGGAGGGCAAGUUUAGACUGGUGGACAUGGUCUAAGUGGACUGGACUGGGUUUCCGGCUGUUCUUGCAGUUGUCAAUAUCAAUAACGAUUUGUUUGAGUGACACUUUGACUGAUUUCUGGGGAGUGAUUCUUGGCCUCUCCUUAGCUUCCUGUCUUUAGUCCCAUAAUUCUGUGGCUCUUCAACAGAAGUUAAACUCUGUCGCACAUGGAUGUUUAUUUUAUUACACAGAAGUGAAGAUAAUGUAUAACAAAAAGAUUUCCUGUUAUUUGUGAUGCCAGCAGGGACAUAAUAUCUGCAGUAAAUAAUAAUAUCAUCCCAAUAUAGUUCAGGAUAUUGAUGUAUAACCAUAAGCUGUAUUGUAUUGUUGACUGGGAUUCUGCAUGGUCACCCAGUACAACUUUAAUGAACUGAGGUUCUGUUACUGUGAUAAAGAAUAUGUGCUGUAUUAAAGUUGUAUAUGCAAAUUAAAGUUCUUUAAGUAAAAUGA